UCUCAUCCACUGUAUUACAGUCGUAGAUAGAAGCCGGGUUUAACAUCAAGAAUGUCUGCACGCCCGAGGGUAUUCGCUACCAGGGGUAUUCCAUCCCCCGGUAUGGACAUGCUUCAUGCAGAAUGUGAUGUCACAGUAUGGCCCCAUGACCGUAUCAUAAGCCAUGAAGAGUUGGCAGAAAAUGUGGCUGGUGUAGACGGGAUUCUGUGUCACUACAUUAACAAAAUAGAUGGUCCGAUUCUGGACGCGGCAGGUCCUAAUCUCAAGGUCGUUGCUACGUUUGCUGUUGGAUACGACUUAAUUGACGUAGAUGCUUGUCACAAGCGUAAUGUCCAGGUUGGCCACACUCCAAAUGUGCUAUCGGACUCCGUAGCUGAACUAGCCGUAGCGUUACUCCUGGCCUCGUCACGGCGUCUUAGUGAAGGUAUGGCUGCCAUUACAAAUGGUAGUGCUGAUGGAAAGUGGGAGAGCGGUCUUUAUCUAUGUGGGCCGGAGACUAAAGGAUCAACUGUUGGGAUCGUCGGUUUAGGAAGAAUUGGCUUGGCUGUUGCCAAACGUCUACAGGGGUUUGAUGUCGCCAAGUUUCUAUAUAAUGACGUUACAGAAGUUCCGUGGGCGAGCGAGGUCUCAGCAGAAUUUGUGUCAUUCGACGAGCUUUUAACUGAUUCAGACUUCGUCGUUGCUUGUUGUUCAAGUAAUCCCGAUAACUGGGGUUUAUUUGACAAGACGGCUUUUAAGAAGAUGAAGAAUUCAGCAGUUUUUGUUAACGUCACCCGAGGAGUUCUGGUCAACCAAGACGAUUUGUACGAAGCUUUGACAACCGGUCAGAUCUUUGCCGCUGGGUUGGAUGCAACAACCCCCGAACCAAUCUCUAAGGACCACCCACUUGUCAAACUGGACAACUGUGUUAUAUUACUGCAUAUUGGAAGUUCGACAACGGCGACUAGAAACAACAUGUCUGUCCUUACUGCAAAGAACGUUUUGGCUGGCCUUAAGGGAGAACCUCUUGUUCAGUGUGUUAAAAUGCAGGUCUUAUGAAAAUUAAUUAAAAAAGCAAAAUAAAUGUCUUAAAUCGCUGUCCAUGUUCAACGUAGACUAAUGUUGUUUUUGUGUACUAUUGACAUUUUGUUAUUUUUGUGAAAUUAAAAAUAGAAUAUAAAACAAACAAAAAUAUCA